ACCGGCACCAUGUGGACCUACCUGAUCGUGACCGUGUUGGCCGUCCAGCUGACGGCCGGCCAGCACGCGCACAGAUAUAUUCGCUUCCCGGUGGCGCCAGAGCACAAGAAGGAGUGCUACGACCCACUGGUUGACAACUUUUACGCCAUCGGCAAGGAAUGGGGCCCCAAGAACGCCCGCUGCAAGCUGAGCAAGUGUGUGUUGGAGAAGGACACCCUCUACAUCGACCGCAUCUCGUGUGACGACAUACGCGAACUGGUUGACUUUGAGGAAAUAAAGAAGCGUCACCUGUUCUGCCGGAUCGCAGUCGGAGACAGGCGCAAGGAGUUCCCCGGCUGCUGCCAGCAGUUGGUCUGCGCCAAGCACGAAAAUGGCAAGAGAAUACGCGUGGAGAAGAGUGACCUACCCCUGCUCCCCAGCAAGGACACGUUUGUGUACGAGUAAGCGCUCUGUGAGCCGCCCCGGAUCUCAGUCGACCACGAUCAUUUAUAUCCGCCCCGCCAAGAUCACACCUGCCGAUUGAGGCCUAAUCCCUUGGAUAGUACACCUUCCACCCUCUCCAGGCCUGACGACGAAUGCGGAACGCGGGCGAGAUGCGCUGCUGACGACAUGCAACGCUGUCACGAACCCGGGGCUGGCAUCACACUGAUGCAGGUGCAAGUCGCUUUGUUCUGUUCAUGACGCACCAAGCAGGCGCUCCUGUGGGACAAUGUAACUGAGUGACUCUGUAUUUAUGCGCUUGAAAUGGUUUGUACUUUUGUGCAAAUAAACGACGACACUGGUCCACAAAAUGUCUCAACAAGUAUGCAGUGCUCCAUAUUUGGGGAUGCUGUUAUAUUGCCGCUCCCGUUCCUGGUGUUACAACGCGAGGCAUAGGAGAGUAAAGCUACAUAUACAAUAUAAAACCAU